AUGCACCAUCAAAAAAUUAAAACAGAAAAUAUUUUGAGUCAAAACAAUAAAAAAGUACCAUUAUCCGUGAAUUAUCAUUUCACACGCAAAUGUAAUUAUGAAUGUGGUUUUUGUUUUCAUACCGCAAAAACUUCAUAUUUGGCUCCAAUUGAAGAUGCAAAAUCUGGUUUAAGAAAACUUGCAGAUGAAGGUAUGAAGAAGAUCAAUUUUGCUGGUGGAGAACCAUUUUUAUAUCCGAAAUAUCUUGAAGAAUUAUUACGUUAUUGUAAGCAAGUAUUAAAAGUAGAAUCAGCCUCUAUUGUUAGUAAUGGGAGUAAAAUUAAAUACGAAUUUUUACAACGAAAUAAAGAUUAUAUAGACAUUCUCGCAAUUUCCUGUGACUCUUUUGAUGAAUCAGUUAAUAAAAAAAUUGGAAGGGGAACUGGAAAGCACGUUGAAAAGUUAAGCGACAUAUCUCGUUGGUGUCGUGAAUUUGGGAUUAAAUUUAAGUUAAAUACGGUAGUAAAUGCUUACAAUAAAUCAGAAGAUAUGAAUGAAAAUAUUUUAAAAAUUGCACCAUUUCGAUGGAAAUGCUUUCAAGUGUUAAUUUUAGAAAAUGAAAAUGGUGGUGAGGGUACAUUGAGAGAUGCUCGCGAAUUUGUAGUAACCGAUCAAGAAUUUGAGGAAUUUAUUCAGCGACAUUCGAAACAAAAAUGUUUAGUACCCGAACCAAAUAAUCUUAUGAAGAAUUCUUACUUGAUUCUUGAUGAAUAUUUACGAUUUUUAAAUUGUACCAAUAACGAAAAGACUCCUAGUGAAUCAAUAUUAGACGUACCUGUUGAAAAAGCAUUGAUGCAAGCUGGAUGGGAUCAAGAAGCAUUUAUCGGAAGAUCUGGAAUUUAUGAUUGGUCAAAACAACCUUCGAAUAUUUGUGGUAACAACCAAGCUAAAGAGCUUGAAUGGUGA